GGUGGGCGGCGGCGGUGCCCCCCGCUCUAGGGUCCGGGUGCGGUUGCUAUGGGGGGCAAGAAGAAGGUGCGCGCCAUCGCGGCGCUGGCCCGGCGGGUGCGGGAAUACUGGGCGCAGCGGGACCGGCGCCAGCGGCGGGACAGCCAGCGGCUGGAGCUCGACUACGGCACCAUGAGGCGGGUGGCCAGCGGCAAGCGGCUCCCGGUCCUCGCCCACCGCGACAUCCGCACCGAGAGCCGCCUCUUCCCGCUGCUCGCCCGCCUGCCGCUCUUCGGCAUCGGCCGCAUGGUCACCACCAAGUCGUGGCUGCUGGCGCACGGCCCGGCCUGUUACUGGCGGGUGGACAAGGUCAGGGUGGACUACACGGCCCAGGAUCUGGACCAUGGAAAAGCCUGGGGUGUGCUAACUUUCAAAGGGAAGACGGAAGACACAGUUAGAGAAAUCGAUAGGGUCAUGUAUCACGACUGGCGCCUGGUGCCAAAACACGAGGAAGAAGAUUUCAUGAGUUUCACGCAUGUUCCUGAAGAGCAUAUCCGCUAUGUUCCUUAUCCUCCUCUGCUCCGUGCUAUGAUACUGGCUGAGAGAGAGAAAAUGGGGGAGCCCGCAGGAGAGGAGCCCAUGAUCGACCUAGAAAGAAUUCGCCACUUUCCAAAGGACUACUUUAAAAACCUAGACUUGACGAAACAAGCUGAGGGGACUGCAGUGUGAUAGAGGUGCAUCGCACUCGCAUGUUGGACAAAAAAGGUGAAUCUGGUCUUCUCUUGCAGCUUCUGACACGCGAGAAUUUAAUAAAGAUCAUUUUUGUA